AUCACUUCGGUUGUAUUUAUUCCGGGUAUUCACUAGUGAUGUUGUUUCUUUUCUUAUUUUCUAUUUAAUUGCAGUAAUUUAGCAUUGUAUGCAUGCAGUCAUGUUUUCCUAAUUCGCGUCGCAAAGAAAGCACAACUUUAUAUCCUCAUACGCCGCUGACCUUGCCUGUUCACGGAUAGCUAACGUUAGCUCAUUGCUAACCUAGCAACAGUGUUAGGUCGGAGAGUUCAAUCAAUGCUCGCCUUUCUACUUUACUCUCCGCGUUUGUAUUGUGUGCGUGUAUGAUGGAGGACGAAACCUUCACCGACAUCAGUGGCAAAGCCAUAUCUCUGGACUGUCAGAGUCACUCCAGCUUUUGCAGGGAGUUUACUGUCAGCUCCCCCAAAGUGUCCAUCGGCAAAGUGAUGGCGUACACCUGCUCUGUGUGGCUUUUCGCAUACGCCGUGUUCUUCUUCACACAGAACACUGCUGUUCUGUCCAGCGCUAUACUCAUCACCUUGGUCGGCAUGAUGCUUCACAUCCACUUUGUGAAGGUGGACCACGAGUCCCUGCUGGUCAUUGGCUCCUUAGGCAUUCAGGUGUCCUCCAGCUACGCCUCAGGACGUGAGACGACCAGUUUCAUUGAGAUGAGCAAGAUCAAGGACAUUGUCAUCAAUGAAGCUAUUUACAUGCAUCAGAUCAUCUACUACCUUUGUGUACUGUUGAAGGACUCUUCAGACCCUAAUGCAGUGUCAAGUGUGGUGCCAUUGUUUCAGAGUUCGAAGCCGAGGCUGAACUGCUUGGUUAAGGUUUACAAAAGCUGUCAGGAGAUUCUUUCAAAGUGCUGACGUCAUACACUGAACAAUGUUUCUGGUCAUGCAACAUGUCUUCAAUAUUUUCUUGCAAAAGGGGAGGGGGGGUAUUUUGGUACAUCUGUACUGUGAUUUGAUGCAUUGUGUAUUUUUCAUGGUAAUUUUCUAUUUCUCCUUUUCUCACCUGUAUGUUGAAACACACACAAGAUGAGAAUGUAAUCUGUUAGAUACCAAAGAAAGUGUUACCACAUUUUAGAAAGAAAAAUAUUAGUUUUAUAAUGACUUUAUGAUGUACUUUGUUGUAUAGUUACUUGAAUAAUAUAUGAAAAAUAGCUCUAGUCUUAGAUCACCUGUUUAAACCUUAACAGCCUGACCUUGUAACUGACACUGUAUUAAAUGAUAGACCAUAUUUAAGAUUUUUGCUUUCUAACUUAUUUAUGAAUUUAGUUUUCAAGUGACUUAUUAUGCCAAUUUCUGUAUUCUGUCCGAAUCUGUAUUCUGUAUCCACACUAUUUUUGGAUGAAAACCAUUUUUUUUGUUACAAAAUAUUAAAAAGUCUUGAUUACUGUU